UGUGCAACAUACUACAGCUACGUCACCGCAGUGACUGAGGUGUUGUAAUUUCUCCAGUUGGAGUUUCCUCAACGUUGAAGAAGAAUCGUCCUUGGAAAGCGGCCGAGGAGCACGAGACUGAGCUGCAUUUAAAUUAUAGAGGACACAAAUCAGGUCAAGAGUAUCUCACAUGGACGCAGUGAUCCGCCGGUGCCCUUUCCUCACAGUUGUUCCCAGUGUUGCCCUGCAGCUGGCCGGGAAGUCAUCACUGCUGAGCUAUGCCCAAAAAUGCCCCGUGAUGAUGGACCUGGCCUCAAGACCUCUGGCCAGAGCUCUGUCCUCUUCAGCUUCAGCUUCCAAAGGCACUCCAACAAAUGACGAUCCAAAGCAUGAAGUCAAGCUGCCCCCGGGUCACAUCAAGCCACCUGCGGGCCAGGCUGUCGGCUCCAAAUGUCCUUUCCUGGCUGCAGAAAUGGUGCAGAAAAAUAACGGGGUGGUAAGAGAGGCCAGUAUGGUGCUGCAAGAGGACGUCCAGGAAAUGCACUCUGUACGCACAGGGAAAAGAGAUACGAGUCUGUCAGUUAUGGAUCUUAUCGAGGCAGACAAAGUCAACUCAGGAGCACCAAAAAACCUUCUGAAACCCACGUCUUCCAGAGUGUCUCACCUGCUGAAGGACAAUCUGCCUGAGGCUGUUACCUUCCAGUACGACAAGUACUUUGAAAAGAAGAUUGAAAGCAAGAAGGUGGAUCACACAUACAGGGUUUUUAAGACGGUGAACCGAUGUGCCCCCUCGUUCCCCAUGGCAGACGACUACUCAGAGUCUCUCCAUGCAAAGAGGGACGUGUCUGUGUGGUGCAGCAACGACUACCUCGGCAUGAGCCGUCACCCCAAAGUCACCCAGGCCAUCAUGGAGACUUUACGUAAGCACGGCGCUGGUGCAGGAGGCACACGAAACAUUUCAGGGACGAGCAAAUUCCACGUGGAGCUUGAACAUGAGCUAGCUGACCUGCACAAUAAGGAUGCUGCUCUUCUGUUCACUUCCUGCUUUGUAGCCAAUGACUCCACGUUGUUUACUCUGGCAAAAAUGCUACCAGGUUGUGAAAUCUACUCUGACGCCGGCAACCAUGCCUCAAUGAUCCAGGGUAUAAGGAACAGCAGGGUCAAGAAGUUUAUCUUCCGUCACAAUGACGUCAGCCACCUGCAAGAGCUGCUUGAGAAGUCUGACCCCUCCACUCCAAAGAUUGUCGCCUUUGAGACGGUGCAUUCAAUGGAUGGGGCGGUGUGCCCACUAGAGGAGAUGUGUGAUAUUGCCCACAAGUUUGGUGCCAUUACCUUUGUGGAUGAAGUUCACGCUGUGGGCCUGUAUGGGUCCAGAGGAGGAGGGAUCGGGGACAGAGACAGAGUCAUGCACAAGAUGGACAUCAUUUCUGGUACCCUUGGCAAGGCAUUUGGCUGUGUGGGUGGCUACAUCGCCAGCACCAGCACCCUGGUGGACACAGUGCGCUCAUACGCUGCAGGCUUCAUCUUCACCACCUCCCUGCCCCCCAUGCUGCUGGCAGGGGCCAAGGAGUCCAUCAAGGUCCUGAAAAGUGAGGAAGGCCGGGUGCUCAGGAGGAAACAUCAGAGGAGCGUGAAGCUGCUGCGACAGAUGCUGAUGGACACGGGCUUUCCUGUGGUCCACUGCCCGAGCCACAUCAUUCCUGUCCGGGUGGCGGAUGCAGAGAAGAACAAUGAGAUCUGUGACAUCAUGAUGUCUCGUUACAACAUCUACGUCCAGGCAAUCAACUACCCCACUGUGGCCAAAGGAGAGGAGCUGCUGCGCAUCGCCCCCACACCUCACCACACUCCCCAGAUGAUGUUCUACUUUGUUGACCGGUUGCUGAAGACGUGGAAGGAGGUGGGCAUGGAGCUGAGACCGCACUCCUCAGCAGAGUGUGACUUCUGCCAGCAGCCUCUUCACUUCGAGCUGAUGAACGAGAGGGAGAAGUCGUACUUCACAGGCCUCAGUCACAUGGUAUCAGCUGUAGCGUGA